CUUUACUCCAUCUACCUGACUCUUACUCGUACUCUUCAACAUUGUGACCACCUGUGGGGUCAAGAAGCGUUGAAAAGAGAAACAUCAUGUCUACGAUUGACAUCUCAACGGCUCUCUCAACUCUUCAAUCUUUAUCUUCUUCCCCUUCCACUUCAGCUUCUGGACCUUUGACGGUGUUGAUAGAUGAUCAUCUCACUCACGCCAAGCAGAGGUUGAUCAACGGAGAAAACCCUUCGGAGGUAGUGACCGAUCUUCAGAAGAAUGUUUUGAAAGCGAAGAAAGAAGUGGAUAGAGGUUUGAAGGGAUGGUAUGCUGCUUUAGGAGGAGUAGGGAGAGCGGUUGAUAAGACUUUCCCUCCACAACUCUCAUCAAUGUCAUCAGCAUAUGACGAUCCUCCUCUGUUUUCUUCUCCUCCGGCAAAAGAAGCUCUAGAUUUUGUCGUUCUUGAUUCAUUGGGACGUAGAGGGUUGUGGGAUGCGGUGGAGGCUUUGGAGGAGGAAUUAGGAAUCCAAUAUGAUGAAGAGAAGAGAAAGUUGAGUGAGGAGAUGCAUAAAAUCAUUGAGGACAUCGAGAGAGGUGAUGUGGGAUCUGCUCUAGAAUGGUGUCAAACUAACAAAUGGUUCCUCUCUUCCCCUCAACAUCCCUCUGCUCUCCCAUACCAUCUCCACAAAUACGUUUUUCUAUCCCUUUCUAUCCCCCACGAAGCAUUAUCAUACGCUCAAAAGAAUCUAAUGAUUUACAUCCCCACUCAACCGGUAUUACAACUAGUCACUUCCUGCUUAUACCCUCAUCUCCCAUCUAAUACAUCCAAUACCUCAUCAUCCAUUCCUUCACUUCAAUCAGUAGCUUCAAAUCCCAUGAAGACGAAUGGUGUUUCAAAUACGAACAAUCAUCCGGAAACACCCUACCAAUCGGAAAAUUCUCCUUCUUUGGUCGCGCUGUUUCGAACGGAAUUUUGUAGACGACAUGGAUGGCCUAAAGAAGAUCCUCUUGAGGUAGUGGUAGAUCUAGGAAGUAGGGGCGGAGCAUUGGGUGUGAUUGAGAAAGCUAGAAGAUUGAUGGGUGAUCAUUUGGGAGGAGUGAGAACUUGGACAGAGUUACCCAUGCAAGUCCCUUUACCUCCUUCGAGAAGAUAUCACUCCAUAUUCGUUUGUCCCGUAUCGAAAGAACAAGCAAGUGAAAUGAACCCUCCAACGAUGUUGAGUUGCGGCCAUGUUAUCGCUGAAGAGAGUUUCAAUAGGUUGUUGAAAUCUGGUCGUCGACCUGCUAAAUGCCCUUAUUGUCCCACGGAAACCUCUCAAGCAGCCGCGCAAAGAUUAUACUUCUGACCACUUUGUUCACACUCUCAUCGAUAAACGACUUGGUAGUUCUACUGUUUGACGAGUUCGACGGCCGACGGUGCAUUCCCAAAGGUCGACGAUCAGACCUGUUUGGUAAUGAAAAAGACUCGAUACGUUACCGCCGCUAAGACAAGCAAUCGGUCUCCACAUAUUCUAGCAAUCAGGCUGAUCGAACGAAAAUGCUGUACUUGGACUACCUGGACGAUCAUAUCCAAGCGCUCAUGAUCGAUACUUCGACGGCUCAAUGAACUGGCGGGAACGGAUCAACGGAAUGCUCAAUGCAUCAUCUACAGAUUUACGACAUGCGGGUUCAUGACAAUAUAUACAAUUGGCCUCUUGUUUUCAGCCUUGGGAAGAUAUGAUGGGUGGACAGGGAUGGGGCUGAUUCGUGAGGGUGUGAUGAGGGGACAUAGCGGGAUCAUGGAUCAUGAGGAGUUUCGAUGAGCAGAGGCAGCGUUUGUGAAGGACUAUUAGGGAUAAAUGGAGGAAAGGAAGUCGUUGAAGAUGAAGUUGAUAAAUCUUGUAAGAUCAGGGAAUAAAUGUUGUGAUGCUAGAAUCAACUGU